AUGCGUUACAUGUCUGCUCUCCUCCCAUCCGCCAGCCUGCACAGGCUUGUUUCUGGGCAAGACGUCGACGAAACGAAGCCAGCACCUGCUAAUGCCGCAGCGUACGAGAUCGGAAUACCCAUUAGAAUCUUCGAUCUCCUCACGUCGAAGUCGUGGUCCCGCAACUCUAACCUGGCCGCCCAAUACUAUGCAGACGGAACAGUCUACAACCUGGUGCGAAACGAAGAGAAGCCCAAGAUGUCAAUCGUCAAAGUGUGCGGCAAUUACUUCUACGCACCCAACAUCUACUGGAAAGGUGGCCUCACAGGAAAGCACCUGCACCAAGACAACAAGCGCAACCAGAAACAAUUCUACGCGGGCGUCACGCAGGCCGAGCAGAACGUCAACGGCGAGUUUGUCACUCGCGACAAGCCCAUCGAGAUCAUGACGGAGAGGACGAGCUCCGCGUGCGGCUCCGUCAGCUAUUCGUGGAAGACCAAGGGAAACUGGGGUAGACUAGGUGACAUUAUGGACGACUUUCUAAGACUGUGGCUCGCCCCAAAGGACACGUGUGCCGUGUCCCCCUCGCACGGCGGCGGCAAUGGGUUGCUGUGCGCUCUGCCGUGCGAUCCCAUCAGUCCGCUGUGGUUUCAGUCGACGAAACUACGUGAGGCAGACGAGGUGGGUUAA